AAAACAGCGGCGGUCUUGUUUACAAACGUUUCGAGAUUUCACCAAAAAUCUCCCUAAAAGUUGGUUUUAAACGUUUUAAACCUGUUAUUUGUGCUUAAUUUCCAUUUAAAAUCAAACUUGAUAGAUCCACAGCAUCAACGUACAAUGCCGAUUUCCGCGGAAGUGAAUCUGGCAGAUGUUUUCUUCAACGAGGAAGAUCUCCCGUACGAGGAGGAAAUCCUCCGUAAUGCGUAUUCGGUGAAGCACUGGAUGCGAUACGUGGAACACAAACGCAACGCGCCCAAGUUCGUGAUCAACACCGUGUUCGAGCGGGCCCUGAAGGAACUUCCCGGCUCGUAUAAGCUGUGGUACAAUUAUUUAAAAACGCUGCGGAGGCAGGUCAAGGGAAAAUGCAUCACCGAUGCGGAGUACGAAGAAGUCAAUAAUGCUUUCGAGCGGGCACUGGUCUUCAUGCACAAAAUGCCACGCAUUUGGAUGGAUUAUUGUUCGUUUAUGACCGGGCAGUGCCGGAUUACAAGAACCAGGCAGGUUUUCGACAGGGCAUUGCGAGCCUUGCCGAUAACGCAGCAUCAGAGAAUUUGGCCACUGUAUUUGGAGUUUCUGGGAAAGUUUGACAUUCCGGAGACGGCGGUCCGGGUUUGGAGGAGAUAUCUGAAGCUGUGUCCGGAGGAUGCAGAGGAAUAUGUGGAAUUUUUGACGGGGAUAGGACAUUUGGAUGAGGCGGCUCAACAGUUGGCAAGCAUCGUGGAUAAUGAAAACUUCGUUUCGAAGCAUGGCAAAUCCAAUCAUCAGUUGUGGAACGAGUUGUGUGAGCUGAUUUCUAAGAAUCCGGAUAAGGUGCACUCGCUGAACGUAGAUGCGAUUAUCCGGGGAGGACUGAGACGUUACACGGAUCAGUUGGGACAUUUGUGGAACUCGCUGGCCGAUUAUUACGUCCGAAGUGGUUUGUUCGACAGAGCGAGGGAUAUCUACGAGGAGGCCAUUCAAACUGUAACGACCGUGCGAGACUUCAGUCAGGUGUUCGAUGCUUAUGCUCAGUUCGAGGAGCUGAGCCUGAGUAAGGUGAUGGAAGAGAUGGCCAAGAAUCCAACCCCGACAGAGGCCGAUGAAAUCGAUGUGGAACUGAGGAUGGCUCGAUUUGAAUAUCUCAUGGAACGACGAUUACUGCUGCUGAAUAGUGUCCUACUCAGACAGAAUCCACACAACGUUGCGGAAUGGCACAAACGGAUCGAAUUGUACGAAGGCAAGCCUCAUGAGAUCAUCAACACAUACACCGAAGCUGUCCACACGGUGCAACCGAAAUUAGCUGUCGGGAAAUUGUACACGCUAUGGGUAGAGUUUGCAAAGUUCUACGAAAAGAAUAAACAACUGGAUGAUGCCCGAAUUGUAUUUGAGAAAGCAGUGCAAGUGGACUAUCUCAAAGUGGACGAAUUGGCGAGCGUUUGGUGCGAAUGGGCCGAGAUGGAAAUACGCGCAGAGAAUUUCGAAAACGCUCUCAAAAUCAUGCAACGAGCAACGGCCAUGCCCAAACGGAAAGUUGCUUAUCACGAUGAUACCGAGACGGUUCAAAUGCGCGUCUACAAAUCCCUUAAACUUUGGUCAAUGUACGCAGAUUUGGAGGAAUCGUUUGGGACUUUCCAAACCUGCAAGCAAGUUUACGACCGAAUCAUCGAUUUAAAGAUUUGCACCCCUCAAAUCAUCAUCAACUACGGAUUGUUCUUAGAAGAACACAACUACUUUGAGGAGGCAUUCAAGGCGUACGAAAAAGGUAUCUCACUCUUCAAAUGGCCGAACGUGUACGACAUCUGGAAUACCUACCUGACGAAGUUCCUCAAACGAUACGGCGGACAAAAGCUUGAACGCGCACGUGAUCUAUUCGAACAGUGCCUGGACGGUUGCCCUCCGGAACUCGCCAAGAACCUGUAUCUUCUCUACGCCAAGCUCGAGGAAGACCACGGCCUCGCUCGACACGCCAUGGCAGUCUACGAACGGGCCACGACCGCCGUCAAGGAAGACGAAGCGUUCGCCAUGUUCAACCUCUACAUCAAGAAGGCAGCGGAAAUCUACGGAAUCCCACGGACGCGCCAGAUCUACGAAAAGGCAAUUGAAGCGCUCCCAGAGGCUCAAUCCCGCCAGAUGUGCUCGCUGUUCGCCGAGAUGGAAACCAAACUGGGCGAAAUCGAUCGGGCCAGGGCAAUCUACGCUCACUGCAGCCAGAUGUGCGACCCGCGCAUUACCGCCGAAUUCUGGCAAACGUGGAAGGAGUUCGAGAUCCGUCACGGCAAUGAGGACACGAUGAGGGAAAUGCUCCGAAUCAAACGAUCGAUCCAGGCGACGUACAACACCCAGAUCAACAUGAUGUCGGCCACGUUGAUCAACUCGGCGGUGACGGGGGCCGGUUCAGAACCUCGGGAUGCUAUGCGGGCACUGGAAGCUAAGGCAGCAGAGACUAGUGCUAGGGCAAUUGCGGCGGUGGGUGCCAGCGGAGGUAACAUCAUGUUCGUCCGGGGCGAGACCCAGGGUGGAUCGAAGAAGGAGGACAAGGUCAUGAAUCCGGACGAAAUCGACAUCGACGAGGACGAGGAUGAUGACGAGGAAGAGGAAGUCGAAGGAGAAGAGGGUGCCGAAGAGGAGGACGUCAGCAAGAAAAUGCCGGUUGAGAAGCAAGCGAUACCUUCGAAGCUGUUUGGUAGCUUGCGGCGAGAGGAGGAGGAGGAGGAGGACGAGGAUGGUGAGUAAGUUAUGGGGGCUUGGGUCUUGAAUUUAGAAGGUUCAAAAUUAUUAAAUUGUGACGAAAGUGGA